GAAGAGCGCAUUGAGUCAGACUGACAGGCUGCCUCUCGGAGUGUGUGGUCGUGUUGGGGCGCUCUUGUGGGAUGCGAGGCGCUCUGGUGGAUCUCACAGCUUCUUCAGCGAGGUGAUGUGACUUGACGUGGACGUUUUAUCAGCCGAAUGAGCUCUGCUGUACUUAUCCGGGGUGAGAUAUCUGCCUUUGGAUGAUUUUGUCCCACUCUGCUCCAGUUGACCGGCUUGUGUGAACUGUUUUGGGGGAAUUCGUGACUCCUCGCAACUCUUUCGCGGAUGCACUGAAGGUGGACCUAAAUUCUUUUGCGUGAUUCAUUGAUAAACGCUGCAGAGUGAGCCAUAACGUUUCAAGGAAACCCACCGGCAUCACGCUUACCGGCAACUGUGGAAACGAACCAGUCUUCGCUGUUCUGAACCGAUUCUUUAUGGAAAGUCAAUCGAACCGAUUCACAAAUUGAACAGAAUCGAACCUUUUCUCUGUAGCACCUGCGCAAUGUUUACGCCUGUCUCUAAAGGCUAUAAGACCUCUUAUAUCAUUCACUAACACAAUACAGCCUGAUAAAAUAAUAACAUAAAAUACCAUAUUCGCUUACAUUUUCUCUUUUUUGGGUUGUGACCAGCUUCUGCGUUUGUUUACCUCUUUUAUUUAUUUAUUUAUUAAUUUGAUACCUUCUGUGUUCCAAGUGGAGGACUCUGAAUCGAUUUCCUGAAUCGGUUGCUAUAUACUGAAGAGAUGGGAAUGCAGCUGUCUCAUGAAUCAAUGAAUCGCAUGUUCGAUUAAUCGAAAGACUCGUUUCGGUGAACUGAGCCAAACUUCCCAUCACACUGCUACUUUAAGAGCAAAUAAACUGAAGUCAUGUCGUUGAGUAGAAGUAUAGAGUGGGAGCAUUUCGAGGAGCGCGAGAAGACGCGGCGGCCUUCGCGGGGCAGUGGGGGGUCCCAGGCCGGGGCACGCGGGAACGGAUCUGUGCCGAGUCCCGCGCACAGCGCGCACUGUAGCUUCUACCGCACGCGCACCUUGCAGUCGCUCACGACGGAGAAGAAAGCGAGGAAGGUCCGCUUCUACCGAAAUGGGGACCGCUACUUCAAAGGCCUGGUGUACGCGGUGUCCGGCGACCGGUUCCGCUCUCUGGACGCGCUGCUCAUGGAGCUCACGCGCUCACUGUCGGACAACGUGAACCUGCCGCAGGGAGUCCGGUGCAUUUACAAUAUAGAAGGAACCAAGAAGGUGGCCAGCCUGGAUGACCUACUGGAAGGUGAAAGUUAUGUGUGUGCUUCUAAUGAACCCUUCCGUAAAGUGGACUACACCAAGAAUGUGAACCCAAACUGGUCAGUGAACGUGAAGGCGGGUACCUCACGCUCUCUGUCAUCUCUGCCCACGCUGAAGAACGAGCUGCGAGAGAGGGAGAACAAAGACUUCAUCAAGCCCAAGCUGGUGACGGUUAUCCGUAGCGGGGUCAAACCACGCAAGGCUGUCCGAGUCCUCCUUAACAAGAAGACAGCGCACUCCUUCGAGCAAGUGCUGACCGACAUCACGGACGCCAUCAAGCUGGACUCCGGUGUGGUCAAGAGACUGUACACUCUGGAGGGAAAGCAGAUCACAUGUCUGCAAGAUUUCUUUGGUGAGGACGACGUGUUCAUCGCAUGCGGGCCGGAGAAGUACCGCUAUGCACAGGAUGAUUUUGUGUUGGAUCACAGCGAAUGCCAUGUGCUGAAAUCCUCCUAUGCUUCCCGUUCUACUACUCCAGUGAGAGCCAGUGGCAGUAAGAGUCCAGGAACAACACGUCGAAGCAAAUCACCUGGGACAGUCAGGAGAACUGCUGGACACUUUUCCACCAGCAGUCAGUCUCCAGUCAAAUCUCCAGUAAAUGGAAUUCCCAGCACUGGUUCGAUCUCCACCUCCAAAUCAGCCAAGUCCUCCAGCUCCUCCCCCACCAGUCCCCACAGCAUGCGCAACUUCAAGUUUAGUUGCAACAAGCGGAUGGGAGGCCCCUUCUGUCUUUCUGUGCAGAUUCCUCCUCAUCACUCGUCUGCCUCUAAUGUGAACGGCUCCACAGAGCAGCCUCAGCAACACAUGAAUAACAGCAGCCCUGAAGUUAAUGGCAAAAACCUGAUGGGCUCCAGCGUUUUGGACAAGUACAGAGUGGGAAAGGUUAUCGGUGAUGGAAACUUUGCAGUGGUAAAGGAAUGUGUAGAACGGUCAACAGGAAAGGAGUUUGCCUUAAAGAUUAUCGACAAGAACAAAUGUCGUGGCAAAGAGCACCUGAUUGAGAACGAGGUGGCCGUCCUGAGGCGGGUCAAGCACCCGAACAUCAUCAUGCUGAUCGAGGAAGUGGACACACCCUCUGAGCUCUGUCUGGUCAUGGAGUUAGUCAAGGGUGGAGACCUGUUUGAUGCCAUCACAUCCUCUACAAAGUACACAGAGAGAGACGCGAGUGCCAUGGUGUACAACCUGGCUGCAGCACUCAAAUAUCUGCACAGGAUGAGCAUUGUGCACAGAGACAUCAAACCUGAAAACCUACUGGUAUGUGAGUAUCCUGAUGGCGCCAAAUCUCUAAAGCUAGGGGAUUUUGGUUUAGCCACAGUGGUGGAGGGGCCACUCUACACUGUGUGUGGAACCCCCACAUAUGUCGCUCCGGAGAUUAUUGCAGAGUCAGGUUAUGGCCUGAAGGUGGACAUCUGGGCAGCCGGAGUGAUCACCUAUAUCCUGCUGUGUGGCUUCCCUCCUUUCCGCAGUGAAAACAACCAGCAGGAGGACCUGUUUGAUCAGAUACUGCAGGGCCAUCUGGAGUUCCCCUCUCCGUACUGGGAUAACAUCACACACUCUGCUAAGGAGCUGAUUGGCCGGAUGCUCCAAGUGAAUGUUGAGGCCAGAUACACAGCAGAAGAUGUUCUGUGUCAUCCCUGGGUCACGGAGGACACUGCUAUGGAAAACAACAUGAAGAUGGAAGUGACAGGGAAACUGAAGAAGCACUUUACCUCUGCACAAAAGCAGGGCAACACCUCCGCUGGAGUGUCUGUUAUAAUGAACACAGCUCUAGAUAAGGAAAAGCUCCAGCUGUCCCGUCGUGCUCAGGACAACAGCACUGCCCUGCCCGCUAAAAGCUCUGCCCCGUCCCAGCCUGAAGGGGAAGGAGGGAGGAGACGGAGACGCUCGGGGAGGAGACGGCCCUCAGCCCUGUCCGACGACUCCAAAGCCUCCAGAGCUACUCCGGUUCAGGCUGUCCCCACCCCUGAGACCUCUGAAACAGCCGGCACACUCCCCUCACCCUCCCCCGCCCCACCCAUUACUCCUCAGUGCAGUGAAGAUGCUGGUUGUGGCCAGCGCUUCCAGAGGGAGGAGUAGCUCUGCUUACACAACUGUAACACUGAGAGGAAGGAAGAAAAACAACUGCACAUGUUCCAUUACUUUUUAAAUCUACUCCAGCUUUUGGAUCUGGAGCUAUUGCUUUCUUGCAAAUAAGUGUUCACUCCCAAACCUGGAGGGCCAGCAGCUCCUGCACACCUAUUUAUAAAUAGAGAUGGGCAUGACUGAGGGAAGACCUCAUUGUAUUUUACUUAAUUGGGUACACAAAUAAGAUACAAAGUUUAAGAAGGAAAGUUUAAGAAGUUGUUUUCACUGAGUGUACAACAUUGAACCACAGACAUAUCAGUAAAUACGUCAGGUUAUAAAUGUCAUUUAUCCUUCUGUAGGCCAACUUGUAGUAUCUUAAAAGAACAUUCCUUGCUAAAACCACAGUUUAAUAUGUUAGCUGUUGUGUUAUGUAGCAUUCCGUAGCACUGCAUUGCAUCCCUCAGCUGCAUCAGUUUGACAGUGUUCUCUCACUACAAUACCCAGCAUGCAUUAUGCAUAUCGUACAACCUGCAGUGCUGAACCAAUCCUGAUUGCUAGCAUAGCCACAGACUAGGCUAAUAAAUACAACCAAUCUAGUGUUUGCUUAGCUCUUUCCUCAUUUCUCGAACAAAAUUGUAAAGAAAACAUUGAUUUGAUCUUUAUUUAGCACAAAAUAGACCCCAAGAUAGGUUUUUUUGUCCUUUCAGUCAGAAAAAAAAUCCAAACUGAAGUAAGAUAUCUAGAUAGCCAGGUAGCUAACUUUAGCUUUUAGCAAAAACAUUAGCUAGCUUCCUUUUACAUUCACCAGCUAGCAAAAGAGAGCAUUCAAGUACAUAUCAUUUCUUAUGCUAGCUGUGCUCAAUAAAUGAUUUUUUCCAUAGCGAAGUAAAAUAUUUUCUUGUUGAGAUAUUGAAAUACUAUGACUACUGAUAUGCUAUUAUUACUAUUACUGUCUACUUAAAAUGUGCAUUUUUGAAAAGCAGAUGUGGUUACGAUACACAUCGUUUUUUAUUAAGGGCUGAAUAAAGGGUCGUCUGAAGUAGGUGUACUGGAGAAGGAAAAAACUCUUUGGCCCUGCGGGAUUGUGAAUAAACACCCUGGUCAAAAGUCUAUAUUAUGGCUCUCCCCUUUUGUUUCCAUUGUCUCCAGCUGUGCUUGGGCCCCUUAUAUCGCUGCUUCCAGGGGAAGAAGGAAGGGUGGGUUUUGUAUGUCUAAUCGAUUGUAUAUAUGUACAUGUGUGCUUUGAAGGAUGUCCCUCUGCCUGUUUAGCGACCCUUUGUUAGAGUAUUUUGUAUUUGUAUUAUUUAUUGUGGCUUGUUUGGCACAUGAGUGACUAUUAAUCAUGAUCAUGAAUAGACAGCGUGUGUAUGUGUGUGGACAGCUGCUGCUCGAUUUGAGUCGGACUAGUAGAAGAACAUGAGUGUUUUUUAAAACCUAUCAGCAAACUUGUCCUGUUGAAACUUGAAAGCGAGUUUUAUUUUUUUCUGCCCGUCUGUAGUUUUGAUGACCAGUUGAUUGACUGAUUCUUUUGACUCAGUGACCAUGUACCAUAGGAGAUGAAUCGUUUGCCUUUGAAUCGUGCGAAGGGCUGAAUAUGGAUUUGUUAGGAGGUGGUGCCUCACCCUACUGAAACUUGCUGUAAUUUUGCAGUAGAUUAGUUGCAAUGCCUUCAUGUGACAUGUUGGUAUUGUUAAAGGGGAGUUCCACCAAUCUUUCAAAAUUUCAAAAUACUUAAAUUAUUAAGAAGCAAAGUCAGUCAGAGAGCUUUUAAUGUGAAAUGCUUCUGUCUAGAGAAACAUAUUAAGACAGAAUAAUGUUUACUGCCUGUUGCCUGAGAUAUUGCUUAACAGUAGUUUCUCUCUAGUCUCUAACAUAAAAUCUUUUAAAAAUAUUUUUAAAAAAUACUUUCAUGGCAAAGAGAUACAUUGAAGCUAUUGUAAGGCAAAAUAGUCCCCAAGAAAAUAUAUUUUUGUGGAUUUACCAUGAUUUUACAAUUAUUCACAUAUUAAAUCUCAGAAGACAUGUGAAGGUUCAAUUUGGAUAGUAAAUUAAAUGUCAAUAUUUACCUUGUAGACAUCGUAAUCCCUGGUUUCUACCACCACUGUAAGUAAAUAUGAGUUACUAAUAAGUUUCUCUACAAUGAACCAUUUCACCACAAACCACUCUGAACAACUUUACAUCUCAAUGAUUAAUUAUGCUAAAAUUUUGAAAAAUUGGUAGAAUUUCUUUCUCAUUUUCUCUUUUUUGCUAAUAUAUUUAAAAAAGAUGCAAACGUUGUCCUGAUAGGCUCAUAUGUUACUCUGAGUUGAGAAUGUAUGUUUCAGUUAGUAAGUUCUACGAAAUAUUGGUUUUCUGGAUAAACAAACAAAAACUGCUGCAUGAUUUAUUACUAGUAUCUAUUCAUAAAGAUGUAACACAUACACACUAACAAGCCUGUAUAAGGGUAACACUUGCAUUUAGCACAGUGUCCUGUGUAUUAGUUCAGCUGUUGUUAAAAUACUUAAGCACUGCAAUACUGUUCCAGUUAUUCAUCUUUCAAAACUCAACAGUAUAAUCUCUUUGAAUGAUUUAGCAUGUUCUCAUUUUAGAUUUCUGUGUCAUCUCUGCAGGCUAGACGUCUUGUGUUUUAACUUCAAGUCACUUUACGUUAGGGAGUUGUCAAACAAGUGGAAGGAGAAAUACAAUAAAGUUCUCAUUGUAGUUGUC